AUGCUCUCUUCCCACGACGUCGAAAGGUCCAGUAACAAAUGCUGUAUCCUGCUCGACUUCGAACGGGAUGUCACCCCGGAUCUGUUGACCCAGACCUUCCCGGAUACCGUUAAUGUUGUACUCAUUAUGGGCAUAUGUUACGUCUGGAUCGAUUCGCUGUGUAUCAUCCACGACUCACCCAUCGACUGGGCGGAGGCUACGCUCAUGGGCGACGUUUACCAGGAUACCCUGGUCACUAUUAUCGCAGACGCCGUAAAGGACGUGUUCGCAGUACUGUCGUUUGUGGACGGAAGAUCUGCAUGGUGCCAGCGCGAGCCCCUUGCGAAGGUGUCCGGGCUUUUCGUGCGGCGCUUCUAG